AUGGACAAGAUCGUGGAGUUGCACGCAGACGACCUGGACGUGGUGGUGCAGCCCGCGGUGGGCUGGGAGGACCUCCGCACGUACUUGGCGGACUACAACCUGAUGUUCGGGCCGGACCCCGGCCCCGGCGCGUGCAUCGGCGGAAUGGUGGCCACGUCGUGCUCCGGAACCAACGCCAACCGGUACGGCACGAUGCGGGAAAACGUGGUGUCUGUGACGGUGGUGCUUGCGGACGGAACGGUGGUGAAGACGAAGCGCAGACCCAGAAAGUCGUCGGCGGGCUACAACCUCACAAACCUGUUUGUGGGCAGCGAGGGCACGCUAGGCAUCGUCACGGAGGUGACGUUGAAGCUACACGUGAAGCCGCGGUUUGAAAACGUGGCGCUGAUCUCGUUCCCGUCGUUGACGGGGGCGGCGACGUCGGUGGCAGACUUUGUGCAGGAGGGCCUCCAGCUGAACGCGGUGGAGCUCCUGGACGAGAAGAUGAUGCACUUUGUGAACUACUCGGGCCAGUCCGAGACGCGGUAUGAGGAGGCGCCUACGUUGUUGUUGAAGAUCGGCGGCUCGUCCCAGGAGACCACGGACUCGGUGACCAAGACGGUGCGCGCCAUCGUGAAGCGCAACGGGGCCAGCAGCUUCAAGUUUGCGGCGUCGGAGGAGGAGAAGUUCCAGCUCUGGAACGCCCGCAAGGUGUGCUUGUGGUCGUCGAUCCAGUACGGCAAGGAGCAGGUGGACCCGAACAUCCUCGUGUGGACCACGGACGUGGCGGUGCCGAUCUCGCGGUUCGUGGAGUCGCUUGAGGCGACCAAGGCGGAGAUGGAAAAGUCCGGCUUGGUGGCGUCGAUUGUGGGCCACGCUGGCGACGGGAACUACCACACGGUGAUCCUCUUCACGGAGGAGCAGCGCCAGAUUGCGGCGAAGCUUGUGGAGGAGAUGGUGGACCGGGCGUUGGCUGUUGACGGUACCGUCAGCGGCGAGCACGGCAUCGGCGUCGGCAAGAAGGAGUUCUUGGUCAACGAGGUUGGCGAGGACACGAUCGCGCUCAUGCGUAAGAUCAAGUUUGCCGUCGACCCACACAAGAUCCUCAACCCGGACAAGGUCUUUGCCAUCGACCCGGUCAACGACAGAUCGAUCUAGCUUGUUUAGAGUAUAGUAUAGUACUACAA